AUGCUGGGAAUAAACUUGAUUUUCAAAGUCUUUGUAAGUUUUGCUCUUUUUUCCGUAUUUUAUGAUUUCAAUUUCUGUCCACAGGGACUGUUUCUGGCAGUUGCCGGACAACAACCAGCACCCAACAAUGGAGAAAUCCUGAUGCCAACUGAUGAACCAUUUAACAUGCUAAAAGGAGAAUAUCAACUCGAUGUCAAUGAAAUGAGUAACUACCGUCCAACAUGGGCUUCUGUAUGGAAAAUCACUCAGAACGAUGUGAACAACGAGAUUUUUUACAUCUCCACAUGGCCACCAAAGUAUUGUCAUGGAAUUUAUAUUUGCCCAUUGAUAAAACAGGACUACCAUGACACAAACAACUUCAAAACAGUUGAACCAGAAAUGUGUGAAAAGGAAUACAUUAAAUUCUAUCCACAUAUCAACAAACUUCAUGUGAAAGUAGCAGGUGGGGCGGAAGAGGAAAAAUAUUGGAUGAAGAACAGAUUGGGAUUCAGUAUUGAUAAUCAGUUCAAAGCGAAACUUCAUGUGCUCGAAUCAAAACCAGAAAGCCAUGAACAGUUUAUGAAUGCGACCCAAAAAUUCAUUGAUUUUGAUUUCAAAAAUAAAGAAUUUUUGAUUCUGACAAACAGUCGAAUGUGUCAAGUCAACAAAAUUGGAUCCCAAUUUUAUCCAUUCUUCAGGAAGGGUAUUCAAAAGAAUCCCGAUCAAUUCCCAAUGUGGUUGAAUCAUGGAGGACAGUCGAAUGUCGCAACUGAUUAUCUUCCUCCGGUCAAAAGCACAUCAAGAGGAAAAAAGAUCGAUUUGCUUGAAUACUUGAAAGAGCAAACCUGGACGAGUAAGAAAUUGGGGAACCUUGUGAAGGCGUGUGAGCCAGUAGUUGGAUGGAGAGCAUCAGGAAGAAAGAAGCCAGUCAAUGCUCAGUUCAAAAAAGUAUCCGUCAGCUCAUACGCUGUUAAUUUACCUUCGGCGACGUACAAAACUGAUACUGUUAGACGAUUCACAUUAAAUGUUGAAAAGUGUCACUGGUUCCGAAUUUGGAUGACACCCAAAGGGGAAAUGACUGAGUACAACACAGAAAUGAAGCUGUCGGAAACUGUCGAUUUCUUCCUCAAUGAAGGAUUCUAUAUUAGCCCAGAAUCUGAUGAGGCUCAUCCACUUCCAGGUGUGAAUGAACUAACUAAAUUUACCUUCACCGCGGCUUUGAAGGAUGACGUUGACUUGGUUGACAUGACAUACGGAGAAAUGCAAGGAAGUCCCAUCUACCAUGACCAGUUCAAACUCUCAGCGGUCGGAAAGACAGCUUUUAAUCUCCACAUUAUCAAAGCCCCAGGAUGUGAAAUUUCGUUGGAUUCGCGCCCAGCUUUGUGGACUGAUUUUGAUGCGGCAAGAGUCAAUAAUGCUCUGCACUUUGGAACUUGCAAAUUUAGUUUCUUCCAAUAA